AUGCUCCAGAAUGGAAGGGGAAGCAACUUGUACUUGUUCAGCCGACUGGCAAAAGAUCCAGGAGACGGCGAAGAUCAACCUGGGACAUGGGCAUUGAAAGAGUUUGUUCUACAACUCCAGUUGUGCUCUGUCGAAGCUGAGACGCUGGCACAGGGUCAGGAAUGUUUGAAGAAGUGUGACGCGUGCUUGAGCGACCAAAAACACAAGAGACGGUAA